AUGCAUAACAUGGCAUCACAGUAUAAUUUUAAGAAAAUAGUGACAAUUCCAACUGCUCAGGAUUUCAUCGAUAUCAUCCUCUCGAAGACUCAACGCAAAACACCAACGGUCGUUCAUAAACAAUACAAAAUCGCUCGUAUUCGUAACUUUUACUUACGAAAAAUCAAAUUUACUCAACAAAGUUUUCAUGAUAAACUUCAAUUAAUUCUUACAGAAUUUCCGAAACUUGAAGAAGUUCAUCCAUUCUAUGCUGAUUUAAUGAAUGUUUUAUAUGAUAAAAAUCAUUACAAACUCGCUCUUGGUCAAUUGAGUAUUGCAAAAAAUCUAAUUGAUAAUGUGGCUAAAGAUUAUGGACGAAUGAUGAAAUUUGCUGAUUCACUCUAUCGAUGUAAAUGCUUGAAACGAGCAGCACUAGGAAGAAUGGCAACUAUUGUCAAACGGCAAACUCAAAGUUUACAAUACCUGGAACAAGUCCGGCAACAUUUAUCGCGUUUACCAUCGAUUGACCCAAAUACACGAACGUUAUUAGUAUGUGGUUAUCCUAACGUUGGUAAAUCAAGUUUUCUUAAUAAAAUUACUCGUGCUGAUGUCGAAGUUCAACCGUACGCAUUCACAACCAAAUCACUCUAUGUCGGCCACACGGAUUAUAAAUAUCUACGUUGGCAAGUUGUGGAUACACCGGGUAUUCUCGAUCAUUCGUUAGAGGAUCGAAAUACAAUCGAAAUGCAGGCAAUUACAGCAUUAGCGCAUCUUCGUGCUGCGAUUCUUUACGUUAUGGAUGUUUCUGAAACAUGUGGUUAUACAUUAGAAGAACAACUCAAUCUUUUUAACAAUAUCAAAGUAUUGUUUACAAAUAAACCGUUAUUGAUCGUUGUUAACAAAACUGAUAUCAAACGACUUGAUGAAUUGUCCGAAGAGAAAAAGGCGGUGUUCGAGCAAUUUCGUAAAGAUGAUAUUCGCAUCGUGGAAAUGAGUACUUUCUCCGAAGAGGGUGUCAUCGAAGUUCGAAAUGAGGCUUGCGAUCGUUUGUUAGCACAUCGUGUUGAUAUCAAAUUAAAGAGUCGUAAGGUAAACGAUGUUCUCAAUCGUUUGCAUGUUGUUCAACCACAAAAACGAGACGAACGUGUUCGUGCACCGUUUAUUCCGGAAGGUGUUAUUCAACGUUUAGAAUCCAUGCAAGUGACACCAACGGAAUCUACUAAGAAGAAGACCGAACGCGAUUUAGAAGUUGAACUAGAAGAAGAUUAUCAUUUGGAUCUACGUAAAACAUGGUCGUUGAAAAAUGACAGUGAACGUUAUGAUGUUCUACCGGAAAUUCAUGGCAAUAAGAAUAUUGCUGAUUUUAUUGAUCCGGAGAUCAUGGCGAAAUUGGAAGAAUUAGAACGGGAGGAAGAGGCACGUGAACAAGCCGGUUUCUACGAUAUCGACGAAAGCGAAGACGACGAAGAGACAACAGCUAUUCGAAAAUUAGCGAAGAAGAUUCGCUAUAAACGACAAGUUAUCAUUGGUGACGCAAGAUCCAAGAAACAGGCACGACGAACACCUUCCGUACCGCGACCAAAAUUACCGGUAGCAAGAGAACGUUUGGAAAGUACCAUGAGUGAAUUAGGUAUUGAUAUGGAUAACAAAGAAGAUUCUCAUUACGUGGCGAAGAUGCACGAAACACGUAGUCGAUCAUUGAGUCGACCGGAAACAAAACGCAAACGUGAAGAUUCAGAAGGUAACGUCAGAAGUAGCUCGAAACGACCUCGUGAUCAAUCUGGCGUCCGAGAUGUGACUAUGGCUAAACAGGCUAGAAAAAUCAACAAGGUUAGUCAACGUAAAAUCAAUCUUGAUGCUCGUACUGGUGAAUCCGACAGAAGAAUAUUCGUUAAAAAACCAAAACACUUAUUUUCCGGCAAACGAUCAACUGGCAAGACAGAUCGACGUUAG